AUGAGCAUUGCGAUACUUCCAAUGUCGCAGGAGUUCAACUGGAACAGUGCAACAGUUGGUCUUAUUCAGUCUUCUUUUUUCUGGGGCUAUCUCCUCACUCAGAUUGUAGGAGGUAUAUGGGCAGAUAAAGUUGGUGGGAAACUAGUACUGGGUUUUGGAGUGAUCUGGUGGUCAGUUUCAACGAUUUUGAUACCUAUUGCUGCCAGAGUUGGGCUUCCUUUCUUACUUACCUUGCGUGCCUGUAUGGGGAUUGGUGAGGGUGUCGCUAUGCCUGCCAUGAAUAAUAUACUUUCUAAGUGGAUUCCUGUGUCCGAGAGAAGCAGAUCACUUGCACUUGUAUACAGUGGCAUGUAUCUUGGUUCUGUUACAGGGCUGGCUUUCUCUCCCAUUUUAAUUCACAACUUUGGGUGGUCAUUCGUGUUUUACUCAUUUGUCCUUGGAAGUAUCUGGUUUGCAUUACGGUUAUCUAAAGCACAUAGCUCACCCAAUGAAGAUCCAGAGCUUCGUGCAGAGGAAAAAAGGCUUAUCUUGGGAGGCAGCAACUCAAAGGAACCUGUGACUGUUAUUCCUUGGAAACUAAUUUUAUCAAAGGCACCUGUUUGGGCUCUCAUUAUCUCCCACUUCUGCCAUAACUGGGGAACUUUCAUUCUUCUGACAUGGAUGCCAACGUACUACAAUCAAGUGUUGAAGUUCAACCUCACGGAGUCUGGACUUCUUUGUGUAUUGCCCUGGUUGACCAUGGCUGUGUUUGCAAAUAUAGGAGGAUGGAUUACUGACACACUUGUGAGCAAAGGUCUUUCUGUAACAACAGUUCGUAAGAUAAUGCAAUCAAUUGGAUUUUUGGGGCCUGCCUUCUUCCUUACACAGCUGAGCCAUGUCAAGACACCUGCUUUAGCAGUGCUAUGCAUGGUAUGCAGUCAGGGAUCAGAUGCAUUCUCAGAGUCUGGCCUCUACUCCAAUCACCAAGACAUUGGGCCCCGAUAUGCUGGAGUAUUGUUGGGACUAUCCAAUACCGCGGGAGUGCUAGCUGGUGUCUUUGGAACAGCUGCAACAGGAUACAUUCUCCAAAAAGGUUCUUGGGAUGAUGUUUUUAAGGUGUCGGUUGCAUUGUACAUUAUCGGCACAAUAGUCUGGAACAUCUUUUCAACCGGAGAGAAGAUUCUAGAGCAGAUAAUUUUAUCAAGAAAAAGGAGAGAUGCAGCUUAUAUAACAGAAGAGAUCAAAAAAUAAGAUGUGAGGAAUAUCAGACACCAAAUAUACAUGGAACUUGGAAGAUCUAAUGAAAAGACAGUGGCUAAGAUGUCACCGGUUUUGUAGUUCUCUUACUAAAUUAUGAUGCCCUCAAACUGCAGCUCCUGACGAUUUUGUGGGUCAGCUUCAGAGACCUUCUUGCAGGUACUGCCUCUGUUUCAUUUUCCUAUACUUUGCUCUGUCAAAAAAAAAAAAAAAAACAACCUUCAUAUCAACCUCAAAAAUCUUCUAUGGUGGAUUUAUAAAAUUCUGCUCUUCAGCUUUUUGGAGCUUCACUUUGUUUCAGUCCUAGCUUGUGUUGCCCCUUUAAUGCUAGUUUCAUUCUUUACCUCUGUCAUGUUUGGUUGUCUCUGUUUUCUUCCAUUACGUAUUUCUGGAAACAAAAAUAGUGAAUAGUGUAAGAGUUUAUGUAUAUAGAAAGAGAGAGCAAGUGCAUAAAUGAGAUGUUAUUGAUUUGUUGAUUUACAAUAGAUACACACACUCCUUUAUAUAUAGGAGAUGGGAAGAUGCUAAAGCUAUACAGACACCAUCACAGGAAAGGGACAGAAAGGAAAAGCAGCCGAAAGCACAAUGCCACUACUGCCACUAACUAUACAUUAAUCUAAUCUAUGUAUAUAGAUUAUAUAUAUUAUCUAUGUAGAUAUAUUAUAUACAUUAACAGCCCCUGUCAAACUCAAGGAGGAUAGGUACUAACCAACUUGAGUUUGGAGAGAGUAACAAAACAGGAAAGUAAACUGAUAAAUAAAAUAAAAUAGGAUAGGAGACACUGUAUGGUUGUGUCAAAUUGUUGUUGAAGACACGGUAUGAUCGUGUCACACCGUUGUAGCAGAUAAUGUCUGAAUCAAUGUCGGGACAGUUUACGGGGUCAUGCUGGACCGUUGUAAAAGCUGACCGGAAUCAAUGUCGGGACAGUUUACGGGGUCAUGCCGGACCAAUGUUGAAGCUGAUCGGAAUCAAUGUCGGGACAGUUUACGGGGUCAUGCUGGACCGUUGUAAAAGCUGACCGGAAUUAAUGUCAGGACAGUUUACGGGGUCAUGCCGGACCAAUGUUGAAGCUGAUCGGAAUCAAUGUCGGGACAGUUUACGGGGUCAUGCCGGACCGUUGUAAAAGCUGACCGUAAUUUUUUUUUUUUAUAAAGAAAGAGAAAGAAUUGUGUAUUGAAUAUGUAUUGAAAUGUGUUAUAAACUUGAAAUUAACAAUGUUCAGAUGACUCUCUUAUAUAGAGGAGAGAGUGUUACAAAGGGGCCAAAAGUGGCCGAAAGAAGAAACAGGAAAGCAUGCACUAAGGAGACAACAUUAUUAAAGCUAGUUGGUAUUUUACAGCUAAUAUAGAUAUGCACUAACAUAUAAUACAUAUAAUAUACUAACAGCCCCCCUCAAACUCAAGAAGGAUAGAUACUAACCAACUUGAGUUUGGAGAGAGUAACAAAACGUAAAAAAUAAACUGACAAAUAAAAGUGGAUAGGA